AUGAAUUUUCCUGAGGACCUGAAUUUUCAGCAGUAUUGCAUUGAAACACACGGAUCAAUCGAAAUUUUAAUCGAUAAAGCCAAGAAUGGCGAAAUCGUUGCCCAAGCAGAUCUGGGGAUAGCGUACUCGGAAGGUUUUGACGAUCUAUUGCCGAAAGACGAUGAUAAAGCAAUUGAGUGGCUCAGCGCUGCUGUUGAAAGCGGUUAUGAAUUACCUAGCUACCUUGUAAAACUUGGGGAAUUACUAGAUCGGAAAGGAACGACUCUAUAUCAGCGAAAGGCGUUCGAGCUAUACCACAGGGCGGCAAAAUUGGGGAACACAAAUUCACAACUCAAUCUUGCGGAAAUGUACCGGUACGGAGUUGAAGGAGUCGUUAAGGAAGAUCUUACAGAAGCAUUUAAAUGGUUUAAAAUUGCCGCUGAUGAAGAUGGGACUAUUAAUGGAAAGGGUGGGGGGCCUUUCGGUCUGUCUCAUUUGUUGGCUGGAACUAUGCGUAAAAUAGGAAACGUCAUCGAUGGCAGAAGAUAUACGGCCCUGAAACUUCUAUAUAAGUACUACCGCAUAGGGGAAUGUCCAGAAGGCAAACCACAACCAACGAAAGCCGUUUACUAUUUGACCAGAGCAGCUGAACAAGGUGAUACUGAGGCACAGCUACAGCUGGGACAAAUCUACAUGACCGGAAGUUGCGAGCAAGUCAAAGAUAUGUCAAGGGCAAGAAGAUGGCUGAGGAAAGCUUCAGCUAGUGGUGAUGACAAGGCAAAAGAGGUAAGCGACAUGGAUAAAACAGUCCAGGUGUAGUUAAUCGAUAGAAAUCGAUAUCAGAAAUCAAUUGAUAUAAUUUGCCGAUUGUUUUUGGUUGAUAUCGGAUAUCAUUAGAAAUCAAACUCAUAGCAAAAAUAAUUUAUCAAUUCUCAUCGAUUAAAAAAUUGAUAUUAUUAUUCAUUCAAAAUAUUUCCCCGAUUCUGAUUGGCAAAAAGCACACGCAUAAUUCACCAUAACUAGCUACUGAUGACUAAAUUUGGCAGAAUUUCGCGAUUAAUCAACCGAUGACGUCAAAAGUACAGCUUCCUUGCAGGUUAAUGCACUGUUAACCAACUAUACCUGGGGUCAAGGUUGAGUUGUUUUGGUUUUGAAAACAAAAAUGGCGGACAUUUUACUCGUUUCAAGAGUAAGAACUAGGCAAAAUAAUAGCUAAAAACAUGGCAAAAACAGCAAGAAGACAACUCGAAGGGAGACAUCUGCUAUUUGAAGACGUGCACUAUCGCAGAUGAACUUAACAUCAAGGGAGGUAAGCAUGUUUUAAUUAGCUGUGUUUUUAAACUAGGAAUUAUUUUGAAUGAAUAAUAAAACAAUUAUUGUAUUCGGCUUUCGUAUCAUAUGAAGAAUGAUGGAGAUCUCGGUGGGUGUUAUCUGUUGAGGCCAUAGGCAAUCUCGAUAAUUCUUCAUAAGAUACUCAGCCUCAUUCAUUAAUUGUUAAGUAAUCGAUAGUCAUAUGUAUAUUUUAUAUUAAUUUUUAUUAAAGAAUUUCUCAAAUUUACAUACAAAAUAUAAGUUAAGAAGAAAAGGAAUAAGCAAUAAUCUUUAGGAGUAAAAAAAAGGGGGUUGUUCAGACAUUCUGAACAUGACAAAUUUUAUGCUAUUUGACGAACAACACCAUUGAAUGAGAUGGGCUUUAGCUUAACACAUUUUAUUUUUGACUUCAGCAACUACUUCAGGCAUAGUCUUCAUUGCAGUCUAUUGUUUUUCGUUUUAACCAGUGUUUAUAGCUCUUGAAACAUGUCCCUUCAAUCCAGCGCCAUCAGCUGCAUGUUGCAGUUCUUUUCUUGCAAUCUCUCUGAGACUGGAGUUCAGUUCAAUGUAGUACAUGUAUAUACAUGGGCAUUGAAGUCCUCCAGAUCACUGCCAUCUUUUGGCAUAAGGGAUUGUUCUUUGUUUGGUGAAAAUUCAUAGCAUUUAGUUCCUGUACAACAUCGUGUUAAUGUUAAACUUUUACUCGGUGUCUUUUGUGAUAAUAAUCUAUGGUAAUCGAUAAUAGUCAAUAAAUUAAUUAUUAUAAAUUUCUAUCAGAAGUCAAUUUUAAUCAAUGCAAAGUCACAACUGUUUUCAUUACCGAUUUUUAUCAAUCGACAUCGGAAAUCAAUAUCUUGCACAGAUCGAUAUUAAUUUUAUUAAUAUUAUAUCCAUUUAGAAAUCACUGGUGAUCUCUGCAAUAUGAUUGGCUCUCAGCAGUGUUAUUUGUUUACGAAUCACACUAUUUUUUGCUCUAAAUCACAUUUGUUCUAAAUCAUGUCAUUUCUGUUUUAAGUCGCACCAUUUUCGCUCUAUAUCGCAUCAUUUUUGUUUCAAGCACAAAAUGAGAUGUAAAAGCCUUUUUGUUUCCACUUUCCUUUCAACAAACCAGCUACUAGAUCAACAAAAUAUUGGUACAGUUGAACCUCUCAGUACGGACACCUCUCUAAUAAGGACGCCUCUCUAUUACAGACAGUUUGCAAUGUCCCGACAAAAUUCUCAUAUAUUUUCUGUAAAAAAAAAACUAUACUACAGAUUCUCUCUAAUAUGGACAAUGCACACUAAAUCUCGGCCCCAGAGAGUAAAUUCAUAUAAACUUAACCUCUCUAUUAAGGACACUGCGCUGAUUAGGUGAAUCUACACAGUGUGAAUCCUGUCUAGUCUGGCUGAUGAGCUACACUGUAUGCAAGGUGAUUUAAAGCCCAGUUGCUGUACACCAAUCAACGAUUUGCGAAAGGUGUACAGAGGAACAUAACCAACUUUUUGAAGGCUUCAAUAACUACAGAUAGCAUAAAUAUCUUUUCUAUUACAUUUUGUACUCUAGAUACGUUUUACUGUACUUGCAAAAUAGCAAAAGAUGCUUUCAGAAUUGUGCUUUGCGUUGCAACUUUUUACAUGCAGCAUUGCGCUGUAGCUCGUUUCGUUUUAAAACAGUAAUUUGUCUUUAGCUGAGAUGUACAGUGUUGUAUGCUACUGAAAGAUAGUGUCUUUAUAGUGUGAAUUAAUAACUUUAAAUGCAGUUUAAAGAUGAGUGUAAUCCUGGUUUUAGCUACUGAACCCUUAAAACUGUAUGUGGAGUCAUAAAAGUGAUGUCAUCAUAGUGACCUCUUUUAUACGGACACCUCUCUAAUCCGGACACUUUGCUCUGUUCCACUGGUGUCCGUAUUCGAGAGGUUCGACUCUACUGACUGAAUUCUGUGAUUUCAAAAGGACUAUAAUAAAGUGGUAAUAUUUUAUUGAACGUCAUGUUGUUCAAUUUUGGUCUGAAAAUUAAUCAUAAUUGUGAUUUCAAAUCAAACUUGCACUGCUAGCUUGUCCGAUUUUGAAAUCGUGUAUGAUAUCAGACCAAAUUGCACUCCACUCAGUUCAAUUACCAUUGAUCUCACAAUUGUUAUCAGCUAUUGGUUUAUUGAUUAACUAUGCCUGGAACAGGGCCUGAACAAUGGAUGAAACUGAUGAUUGAUGACAGAAUAUUGAUAUGGAUCAAUUUAAGAUUGAUAUUAAAAUUAAUAGACAAUCAAUCGUGAAAGUUUUUGGUAUGAAGGAUUGUCACUAAUUAUCUAUUUUAUUGACAAUAAUCAAUGUGAAUCAAUCAAUAGUAAUGACAUUGAUUUUCAUUGGUUAUCAAUUUUACUGAUUAAUGAUACAGUCAAACAUUUUGGUUAUUAAUUUCAUUGAUUACCAGCUCAGUUGCACAUUUUGAUGCCAUUGGUUUUUAUUUGAGUUAGCAAGCAGCAAUAAUUAUGUGAACAUCAGUUGUAUAACUUAUGUACAUACACUUAGGCUGGGAGUUUUACUUUUCAACUUAGCAUGACAGGAUGUUUGUCUAAAAAAAUUUACAAGGCAUAAAAACAUACCAACGGAUUUCUGUUUAACAGUGUUCAAUCUAGGCCACGUUUUUGCAUCUAUCCUAUUCAGACGCAAAAUGAAAUUAUCGUGGAGUCAUACUGAUGCAAAAAAAGUUACCUCAUAUAUAAGUACAUGUACUUCCAAAGCAGCAGGCAACAAUUAAAGUAUUUUAAAGCAAUAGGUGUGCUUAAUAGCCUGAAAUGAGUGCGGAAAAUGACUGUCAUUUCAGCCUAUGUGCUUACGAAUAGUUUUUGUGUCAGGUGCCGUUCCAGGCAAUUCCAGGAGAGACUGGAGUGUACAUUUUGACUUUCCCUCAUACGUUGCUUUGCCGAUUGAUUCAUGCUUCAUUUGUUGACGUUCUUCUGUUUUCAUUUCAUUAUGAAAUGACAACAAAAGUUAUUUUCAUUUUUAACACCAACGAGAAUGUCAGUUGAGCCUGAAAAGCAUGAAGAUGGGCUGGAUAAGGAUGGUGGUGAAACUGGAGAAGUCAGUUUGAUGAUGUCAGUUGAUGUUCGAAGUUUCAAUAUCAUAGUUUGACCCGGGCCAUUUUGAAAUGACCCAUUAAAAUGUGAUGUGGGACAUACAUUUGUUAUAUAAACACCAAUGAAAUACCAAGUGAGCUCUUGUGCAAAAGCUUGAUAUUUUCACAUGUGAAAAUAACAUGUUAUCUUCACAUGUGAAAAUAUCACCGUUGCUAUGGCUUCAUAAUAAACUGCACCUUUCAGACCAAAAAACUAUUUAAUUAAAAUGGUUUGGUAUUUCAUUGGUGUUUAUAUAAUAAAUAGAACAUUACAUGGUCACUUGGAGAUACGAAAAAUUUCUCUUCUUGUGUUGAAAAAAAUAUUUCACUCGUUCGCGCAAUAUUUUUUAACACUCGAAGAGAAAUUUCGUAUCCCUGCGUGGCCAUGUAAUAUCCUCUAUGUAUGUCCCACCUUGAAUAAUUUCUAGAUUGAACACUGGUUUAAGAAAACCAACCCCCAUAGGUUUGCAUUAAGGAAAGAAAUAGGACACUAAGAAAAUAAUAGUUUGCUGAAAAUGAAUGCAGAAUGUCUGACUGUGAUUCUUGGGUACAAGAUUUUAGCCAAUCAGAAUCAGGAAAAUAUUUUGAAUGAAUAAUAACAGAAAUUAAUCAAUUGUUAUUGAUUAAUUGAUUGAUUUUCUGAUUGUAAAAUGUAAAAACAAAAUAUAAAUUAAACAGAACUCUUAAGAGCAGAUGAAAAAUUUCCUGGAAAAAGUUGUCCACCACCAGAGGUAGUUUCUCUGUUCCAUUUCCAAAAUUAUUGUUAUUUGCAAUCCCACGUAGCUAAGGAGUAAUCAACAUUCGAUCAAAAUGUAAAUUAAACCUUUGUUUCAAUUUUCUCUUGGUUUGUUUGGUCAGAUUAGCAAAAUGGAAAGCACCGGUAAAAUGCAAAGCUCAGCAAAUGGCAAAACACAAUAGGCCACUUCUGAGUUCCAAAAACCCUCACUUUCAGAGUGAGGCCAAGUGCUCAACCUUGCUUGUGAAAAUGAGUAUUAUUUGCAUGAAAAUGAAAAAUCAUUUCCAUAUCAAAGGCUGAGCACCUUACCUCGUUUUGAUACAGGGGCCUUGGGGGAACUCAGAAAUGGCCUACAUGUAUUACUGAUAUUGGGUGACCCAUGAUGGGGCCUGAAGUCAUUCAACAGUGCUUGGAGUUGCACUAAAUAAAAUAUAACUUACCUUUACAUGGCUUACGUGUAUACUAUAUAUAUAUUUUUUUGAACACACUGUUGUUUACACUAAGGCAUUCUCUCUGAUGCCAUUUAUUUCUACACAUUUAAUAGUCUACGUGACAUCCAAGGAGCAAAUCAUAGCUUUUAAGAAUUGUGUCAAACAUUAUUAGCUUAUCCCAUAUCAAUAUAUUUGUCUUGGCUCUUACUGUAAAUUACAGCAUUCUCAUUUUUCCUCUUUGAUUUAUGGACCUCAAACUUGGCUAAUAAGAGUCUUCUUCUUAAUACCAGGUACUCUUAUUUGACUAGACACGUUUAAUUUCAGUGUUCUUUCCUGUAUUACACAGUCAUCUCCAGAGGCCAUGUGCUGCCUUUUUAAAAAUGGAGAAAGAUAGGAAAUUUGGGUUGACUUAAAACUGAAAAGCAUGUUGAGGUAGCAGGAGCACGGAAGACAGGGAGGGAGUGCACUUUAUAGCAUCUCGAAUGACAUCUAUUAAUAUUUUUUUGUCUUCACCCCAAGUUACAGCCGAAGUUACAACUCAAGUAAGACCCUCUUAAAGUACUGAUAAUAAAAGAGCACAUUCAGACAGUAAUCAUCACAGUUGCCAUUAUUGAUUGGGGAUGAGAGAUUCCUUCCUGUGUUAAAAUUUGCAAUCACAGUAACAUAAAUGGGCUAUCAUCAUGAAGACAUCGUUUAUAGAAAUAUUUUGUUCGCCAAAAUGUUUAUCUAGAAUAUUACAGUUUUUAUUACUGUACAUAUUUAGUGCGAUAUACAUAAUAUUAACAUUAUUUCUCUUAAAUUUCAGCUUCUUAGGCAAUGUAAAGACUGUGCUGAUUCACAGCAUAACCCCCCAGAACUAAGUAUGCAGUCUGCUGAGCAAUCAAUGGACAUCUUGGUGGAGAAAAGUGAACAGUCCUAUGGCCAACAUCCAUUGGCAAUUCGUCAGCCUAUUUUCUUUUCAGAAGAAAUGCUCAGUAAAUUUGAUUGGUCUCCAACAGCAAUGAUUUACCUUCAAGCAUUCAAGCUGGUAAAAGAAGGCUUUAAGAUCCUUCACGAGAGUAACUAUACUGAUGUAAAAGGGAUCUCUCUUAUAGCCUAUGGGUACUUGACCGAGAAUACUAUCCUUCAAGCAUUCCCUCUGGAACGUCCUCUUUUGUCCAAGAUCUUUCAUCUCUGUGAGAAGAACUUGACAACUAAUGCACAUUUUUUUGAAGGUGUUCUUUUGUCCUGUACCUGGUGUCAUUUUCAACCUAAUAUUUCAAUGGAAAGUUCCAAAAUUGAGAUGAAAAGGGCAACAUGUCUACUUAACUUGAUCCACUUUAUCCGAAAAGUUGAACCCAACAGCUCCCCUUGCAAAAAUCCCUUUGAGUUUGACAAAAACUAUAGUAGCUGGCUUCACGUAUUGUAUUGGAUUUUGGCAUCAACAUAUGUCAUUUGUGGAGCUCUUGAAAAGGCAGCUCAGGCUUCUGAAAAUUCUUUGCUUUGCUGUCCAUCCUAUUAUCCAUCCAAGCAAUUGCUGGGGUAUGCCUUAAUGAGACUUUCAUACCCAGAAGAAGACGAUUCCAACGCAGAAAUAUUUCCAGAAUUGGUGCCUAUUGACGCAGAUAAAAGACAAAUGACGAAAUAUGCUUCUUGGACGACUAGUUUGUUGCGAAACACUGCCUCAAAGGUGUUAAACGAGUAUCUAGUUGAAGCCCCAUCAUGUAAUAAAUCAUAUCCGAAUGUUUAUUAUUAUCUUGCACGUCUUGCCUUUACUGAUCAACACACUGAAGAAUUCCAGAAGUAUUAUGAACUUGGCCAAGAUGCUGAGGAAAAAAGACUCCCUUUUUUUGAUCCAGUUCGUCUUCCCUUGAAAGACUCGAUGACUCCUGUUUAUCAGGUACUACCUGAAAUUGGAACAGUGGCCAAUUGUGGCUAUAAAGCGUGCACUAAGAAGGUCAAGGAUAUAAAACUGAAGUCAUGUGGUGCUUGUGGGGUCCAACAAUACUGCAGCAAGUACGUACAAAUGUAUAACCAACAAAUACAAUAUUUAUGUAAGCAUUGCAGUUUUAGUUGAUUUCAUGCAGCGAUUUAGUUUUAGUAAAACUUUUGUUAUCUAUUUGGGGAGGGUGGGCCGGGGUAUUUUCGAAUUUUUUUGCGAAAAAAGCCGUGGCCCUCCCACUUCCUGGAACAGAUUAAUGAAUGAACCUUUAGAAAUACCUAAACAAAAACAUCUGACCCUCCCCCACCCCCCUACCUUUCCAAGACAAAAAUAACCGGAAGUGAAAAUAACAAACUGGAAGUGUUACUCAUAUAACCACGUUCAUCUGCGCACAAAGUAGUUAAUUGCGUGGCGUGUGAUUGUACGGUGAAAACUUGAAAAUUGGCAAUGAUGUAUACAAGGAAUUGAAAGAGGGAAAUUUGCUUGUCGGUGAAUGCGAGGAUUUCAUGAGGUCAGAUAGAGCAACUUGUGGCUAUUGUGGCUGUUUGCCGACUCGCCAUUCUAAAAAGGAUGCCCGCUACUCCUCUGACUCUGUUGGUGGCACGUCGGCUGCGGGAACGAGUGAAAGCGCAAGUCCAGAGAAGUGGAAAGAUGAAGACCUAGGGUGGUUCCCGAACCCAAAGGGCGAAUAUACUGAAUUGUCAAAUAGUAUUCUGCCAAAAUUCUACCUGUCUUUUUGAACCACUUGUCCCUACAAGGAACGCUUUCGCCACUGUUUCGUGAUUGAAGGAAAGCGCCAGUGGGUAGGUCGCGAGGCUUUGAAAGCAAUAAAUCACAGAACCCCGCGCGGAAACAUCAAAAUAUGGGCGAAAGUAGACACGGGUCGAGAGAGACAAUUAUGUUAGUUGGGAGAAGAUAGUUUUUGAUACAUAAAUUUUUCGACACCUGUAAAUAAUUUAGAUUAAUCUUGACUGGUAGCUUUGUUUGUAUAUACAAAAUAGAAGUUACAUGGAGUAAUUUUUUUCCCCUCGGAAGCCCCGGCCUACCCACCCCCCCCCUCCCCCCCACACCCACCCAUAAAAAACGUACCUUCCCUUAUUAGGGUAUUUCCUCACAGGAAGAGUAGGCCCUGAGUGGGGAAUCCCCUUAAUAAUGGUGGAUGUGCUCCUCGUAGAGGGUAAAAUUUGUGGAUUGGCUUUGAGAAUAGUAUGAUUGACAAUUUUGACAGUGGAGAUUAGGUUUGUCCUGUUAAGGCAUGAUGACCAUCCAUGAUCAUGACUAGUUGAAACUUAGCAUUUUGAUUUACCUCGAAGGAAAGCAUUAGAUGGUUAAAGAAUAUGAUGCGUACCGUUAGGCUUUGAAAUUGCAAGAAGCUUUUAACAAGUUUGGGAGAGUAACAGUUGUUGUCCUUACCAUUAUUUGCAGAGAGUGUCAGAAAGCUGACUGGAAAAAUCAUAAACCUACUUGCAUUGCUUUUAAACGACUCAAGACACUGUAA